CCCCGCUGGAGCCAGCCAGCUUUGAGGCUGGUUCUCAGAAGGCUGCGGCUCUGGAAGGGACUGGGGGGUCCAGCUGGAUCUCUGCCCCCCCUCCCGCAGCUCAAAGCACCCACACACACGCACACCUGCUGGCAGGACGGGGGAGCCAUGGCUGGUCCCAGCGCCCCCAGUUACGUCCGGGAAUUCACCCGCCACUCCAGCGACGUCCUCACGAACCUGAACGAACUGCGGAAGCGACGGAUGCUGACGGACGUCACCUUGAGGGUGGGGGGCUGCCCCUUGCAAGCCCAUAAGGCUGUGCUGACCGCUUGCAGCGGCUUCUUUUACUCGGUUUUCCUGGGCCACGGAGGCCACGAGGUCAGCGUGCUGACCCUCCCCAGCUCCAUCGAGCCGGUGGGCUUCCAAGCCCUCCUGGAUUUCAUGUACACCUCCCGCCUCCUCCUGAGUCCGGGCACGGCGCCCGCGGUGCUGGUCGCCGCCUCCUAUUUGCAGAUGGAACAUGUAGUCCAAAGCUGCCACCGAUUCCUCCAGGCCAGUUACGACCGGCUGACCUUCCUGGUGCCCCCCCCGGACUGCCAGGCACUGCCCGAAAUGUCCCAGCCGCCGAAGGAUGAACCGUCCCUGCAACGAAGCGCCAUCGUGGUCCCUUUUCUCCGAGGGGCCACCACCGAAGGGGCCCCGCAACCCGCAUCCUUUCACACCCCAGGAAAGGAUUCCGCAGCCGUCAGAUCCCCGGGGAUCCCCGGGGAUCUCUUCCCGGGGGGCCACCCGGCCUCCCCCGACGAGUCCAGCGGCUGCGCCCCCAUCCCGGAGCCCAAAAUUUGCCACUGGAAGAAGCACCGUUUCAUCGUUCUCCAUGCCACGCUGCCCCCCGCGGAGGGCAUCCCGCGUGACGAGGCGGGAGGGCCCGUCGGCUCUGCAGAAGGAAGCCCCGCCCCCAGGAGCCCUCCGGCUGACCCCCAGUGCUCCAUUUGCAACCCGGCGCCCACCGUCCUCUCUUCCCAGACCCCCAAGCGCCUUUCUGCACAGAGGGGAGGCGGCUGCAGCUCUGGGGAAAAGCCCUACCAUUGCGGGAUCUGCGGGGCCCAGUUUAACCGUCCGGCUAACCUCAAGACCCACUUACGCAUUCACUCCGGAGAGAAACCCUACAAGUGUGAGAUGUGUGGCUCUUGUUUUGUGCAGGUGGCGCAUCUCCGAGCCCACGUCUUGAUCCACACGGGGGAGAAGCCCUACCCGUGUGGCACCUGUGGCACCCGCUUCCGACACCUGCAGACCCUCAAAAGUCACCUCCGCAUCCACACCGGGGAGAAACCGUAUCAUUGCGAGCAAUGCCGUCUGUGCUUCCGCCACAAGAGCCAGCUACGCCUCCACCUGCGGCAGAAACACGGCGCCGUCACCAACACCAAGAUCCGCUACCAGGUGCUGGACGGAUCGUACGCCACCGUCUGCUAAGCCGGGAGUCCCCGUCGUCACAAACCACCUUUGCCGGUUUCCGGGCCAGGAAGAGAUCCAAUGCUCCGUGUUUCGUGAACGGAGAACAUUUCUUUUCGAACCCUCCCUUUCCCACUUUCCCCCUUUGCGAUGCAGGGAGUCCUCGACUUAUGAUGUUUCGUUUAAUGACCAUCCAAAGUUUAAAAGGCCCUAAAACGUGACUUAGGAUCGCUUCUUGCACUUACCACCCACGUCAAAAUUCAGACGCUUGGCCACCGACUUGUAUUUAUGACGGUCACAACGUCCUGGGAUUUCCCCUUUGGUGACCUUCUGACCCAGCCAAGUCAACUGAGGAAUCUGGAUUCGCUUAAGGACUGGCUGAUUCACUUAACAGCCACCACGAUUUGCUUAAUGGCAAGGAGAAGGUCGCCCAAUUGGGCGUGAUUCACUUAACGGCCAGAGGGAUUGGCUUAACCGUCGCGAGAGAAAGCAGAUGGCAAAAAUCGGGACCUCAAAUUCUGGCUCCCAAUUGGGGUCGUAAGUCAAGGACAACCUGAAUGAUUCCGGAAGGGAGGGGAGGGGGCCAAAAAGAUACCCGCUACCAUUAGUUCCCCCCCCCCUCUAAUUUGAUUCUUUCCAGCUUCAACUACAAUUCCCAUCUUUCCCAUCGCUGGUUGGUGGGGGAUGAUGGGAAUCAUAAGCCUAACGUUCCCGGGGGAGGCUGUCCUAGAAUUACUCCCCCCACCCCACCAUCUUUGGAGAACAAGGGGAGGGGGGCUUUGAAUGGGCCCCGAUUACCAUGGCAAC